AUGCACACCGACUACGAAGAGCUGCGUUGCGACCACUACGACCGUCGCAGCUCGUCGCAGUCUGUCGCAUUGGAGAUGCGUGGGGCUUUUGCAGUCGGUCGCAGUACGCUUCGCAAUGGAAUAGGAACGAUCCAUUUCUGUCGCAUCCGAGCAGUGGUGAGAACCAUGACGGAAAUGAAAUUUCAAGAUGACGGUGAGACGGCAGCAGAGAAAAUGAGAAAUUACGAACUGGACGAAGCGAUAGUGCACGUGGGAGAAUUCGGGAAGUUCCAGAAGCGUAUCUAUUACCUAAUUUGCAUCCCAGCGAUGUACUGUGCAAUGACGAACUUGAUCAUGGUGUUCACAGCUGGCAUCCCUCGGCACAGGUGA